GACGAAUCCUUUGAAUCAAAAUUUCAGUAAUCAAACACGUCUCAAAAAGAAUUUUAAUUCAAAAUGUUCAAAAAAAUAUUCAUCCUUACUUCGUGGCUUCUUUUAGCUAAUUCAGAACCUAUAAAAGAGAUAUUGGAAGAUGAACCGAUUGGAUGUCAGGCACAAGUUACAAAUGGAUUUGAUAUUGCAUUUGUAAAAGUUGGAACCUACAGAGGAUACACCAACGAAGGCAAAGAAUACCAAAAGAGCUAUUUCUUCCCCAAAUACUUCAGGAAUGGAAUGGCUGAAGCUAAGGCAAUCUGCAAAGCAUACAAUCUAGAAUUAGCAACAUUCGAAACUAUAACAGAAACUUUAAUGGUCCUUAACAUGUGUGAAAAUAACGAAUACAUUAAAUCUAUAGCAGAUCCAAAGAACUUUUGGAUUGUUAUUGAUGCAAUGACCACAACACCAAAAUCAGCUACUGAAUGGUUCUGGACGAAUUCUGGAAGGAAAAUAUCGUUCACAGUUCCAUGGGCACCAAAUCAGCCAGAUUUCUUUGAGAAUCAUGAAUAUUGUCUGGCGAUUGGAAAAGAUCAAUCAACUCCAAACUAUAGAUUUAAUGAUAUGCCUUGCUUGAAUAUCAAUCGACCAUUCUUGUGUCAAAAUUUUGAUUAUAUGAUCACAUUGUAGAUUUAAAAUAAAAUAUGGAAAUAAUCUAGUAUCUAUUGUAUGUAUUUACUGCUU